AUGGCGGAGGACAGCGAGUCUGCAGCCAGCCAGCAGAGCCUGGAGCUGGACGACCAGGACACUUGCGGCAUAGACGGGGACAAUGAGGAGGAGGCCGAGCACGCCAAAGGAAGUUCCAGAGGGGACUUGGGGGCCAAAAAGAAAAAGAAGAAACAGAAGAGAAAAAAGGAGAAACCAAAUUCUGGAGGCACCAAGUCAGACUCUGCAUCUGAUUCCCAAGAGAUUAAGAUUCAACAGCCUUCAAAAAACCCUGCCAUCCCAAUGCAGAAGCUGCAGGACAUCCAGAGAGCAAUGGAGCUGUUGUCGGCGUGCCAGGGCCCCACCAGGAACAUCGGUGAGGCUGCCAAACACAGAUACCAGUUUUGGGACACACAGCCGGUACCCAAACUAAAUGAAGUGAUAACAUCUCAUGGUGCAAUCGAAGCAGAUAAAGACAAUGUGCGUCAAGAACCGUACUCCUUGCCACAGGGCUUUAUGUGGGACACUUUAGAUUUGGGUAAUGCUGAAGUGCUCAAGGAGUUAUAUACCUUAUUAAAUGAGAAUUACGUGGAGGACGAUGACAACAUGUUCCGGUUUGACUAUUCGCCUGAGUUCCUGCUGUGGGCUCUGCGUCCCCCUGGCUGGCUUCUUCAGUGGCACUGUGGAGUCAGAGUGUCUUCGAACAAAAAACUGGUAGGGUUCAUAAGUGCCAUCCCAGCAAACAUUCGGAUUUAUGACAGUGUGAAGAAGAUGGUCGAAAUCAACUUUCUUUGUGUUCAUAAAAAAUUGAGAUCAAAACGGGUAGCCCCAGUGUUAAUUCGAGAAAUAACUAGGAGGGUGAAUCUGGAAGGGAUUUUCCAGGCCGUUUAUACUGCUGGUGUGGUUCUUCCGAAGCCAGUGGCCACUUGCAGAUACUGGCAUCGAUCACUAAACCCCAGAAAAUUGGUAGAAGUGAAAUUUUCUCACUUGAGUAGAAAUAUGACUUUACAGAGAACAAUGAAGUUGUACAGACUUCCAGAUGUGACAAAGACUUCAGGCUUGAGACCAAUGGAACCGAGAGAUGUCAAAGCAAUUCGAGAAUUAGCCAACAGUUACCUGAAGCAGUUUCACCUUGCCCCGGUGAUGGAUGAAGAGGAAGUAGCCCACUGGUUCCUCCCCCAGGAGCACAUUAUUGACACGUUUGUAGUGGAGAACUCCAGUGGUAAACUUACUGACUUCCUGAGCUUCUACACACUCCCCUCCACAGUCAUGCACCACCCUGCUCAUAAGAGCCUCAAGGCUGCCUACUCCUUCUACAACAUUCACACAGAGACGCCCCUGUUAGACCUCAUGAAUGAUGCUCUCAUUAUAGCUAAAUUGAAAGGAUUUGAUGUAUUCAAUGCACUAGAUUUGAUGGAAAAUAAGACAUUCUUGGAAAGACUCAAGUUUGGAAUAGGAGAUGGUAACUUACAGUAUUACUUGUACAAUUGGAGGUGUCCAGGAACAGAUUCUGAAAAGAUAUUCCCUCAUUUAUACCACUGA